GCAAGGUGGAAGAAAUUAGGACCAAUGAACAGAGUGGCAACGAUCAUAAAGCAUCUCUCGAAGGAAACAGGAGAUUGCAGAACUGAUCCGAGAAUCAACAAGGGCCAGGCGAAGGAUGUUGUGAAUGUACAGACCUCGCCCAGGCUGUUGGACUUCUGGAAUGAAGAUAUGGCAAUCAUAGAUGUCAAAGGUGGAGAUAGGCACACAUUAUAUCAGCUUGAGGAUGGGAGUGUAUGGUCCACUGGCAUGAACAAGUACGGCCAGCUUGGUUUGGGCGACACAGCCGAGAGGAAUGAACCUUGCCUGGUACCAGUCACAGGCGUCAGAACAAUGUUUGCUGGGGAUGGAUUUCAGUGUUUAUUACAACAGACACUAGUGGGAGAUGACAUGUGGUUUGUUGUUGCUGUGAAGCACUCUAACUUUGCACAUCUAAUUGGUCCACUAAAAAUAUCGCAUGAUAUCCACACCCCAAGUGAGGCUCAUAGAACUCUUGUGAUCAAUCCGGCCCGGAGGACGUCCAGCAGUUUAUUCAUAGGCUGGUAUAACAUAAACAUUGGUCAUAUUGGAUCAACGGUUCUCUUAAGGCAGUCGUGGAUAUUCGCUACACUUCUAUAUCCUAUAAAAAUUGAAAAUUAUGCGUAUAAAUACCCUGCCAACCCCUCUCCUGGCGCUGUACGGGCACGUUCUUCUGGUCCUGCUGUGCGCCGCCUCCCUGGCUCGGGCGUGGGCUCCCUGGACGACGAGAUCCGCUGCGUCGACCAGCGCACGCAGGCGCCGGUGCGGGAGCAGUGGCUGCUCGCCCUCUGCACGGGCACCGAGUUCCAGGGCCGGCGCCGCGACGCCCUCAGCUACAGCCUGUUCCAUUACCUGGUCAUGUUCAUGCUGGCGCUCAACCUCGUGCCGUCCGCCGUGCGCUCCCACUUGGACCACCGGCAGAUGCAGAAGUUCCUGCGCACCUUCGGCGACAACGAGCGCCAGGCCGCCGUCGCCUACGGCGCCAUGUUCACAGGCAUCCACUCGGGGAUGCGGCAGCGCAAGGCCGCCGUGUCCUUCGUCAGCCUGCUGGUGAUGGCCGUCAACGUCGUGGUGCUGCUCACCAGCUCGCACAUGACGCUGCUGGACCCCAGCAGCUACCCGUUCGAGCAGUUCCUGGGCGAGAGCCUGAGCCAGUUCGGCCACGUGUUUCCCGGCACGGCGCAGUGCAGGGUGCAGCCCUCCAUGAUGCUCGGCGCCUACACCGACACCUACGGCUGCCAUUUCCCGCUCUCGCAGCACUACCGCCACAUGCUCCUGGCCAUGCUGAUCGUGGUGGGCGUGGGCCUCGUGCUGAGCCUGCUCACCUUCCUCAUCGACGCCGCCAUGGUCUUCGCCGGCCCCUCCGCCAGCCUCGUCUACACCGCCUGCCGCGACCCGGCCUCGAGCGCCGCGUCGCCAGGCAGUGGACGCGCGACGAGCUGGAGGCGCUGCGCCUGGUCCGCCAGAAGACGGACAUGGACGCCUUCGUGUGAUCCUGUCGCAGCUGGACUUCGAGGAGGACCCCGUCGAGGUGGUGGUGGCCGGCGAGGCGAGCUCCGCCUCCACCGAGGGGGACCUCGAACGAUCGGUCAGACUGGAGCUGGACCUCAGCCUCGGCGAGUCCAGCUCUGA